CCCCGCUGUUAGCGCAAAGUCGCAACAACUCUAAGAUAACGCCAGUAUGGCACCGGCGACAGGAGCGAUGAGGUCCUGAUAACCGCUCCGCAUGUUUCUGACGGACUAGAUGAUAGAACAAGGGCGCAGUCUACAUCCACCAUCAAAUUUGAUUCUCACUCUUGGAAGCAUGCGCUGUCUCGAGUCACCCGUCCCAUCAUCAUCAUCAUCAUCAUCAUCAAGCCACCGACCAUAUAAGUGUGAGAGUUGAGUGGAACAACUGAGUCACAGCCUAGACCAUAUCCAAACACUUACCUCCAUUCGAAAGAAUGGGAUCCAAUCUCACCCCCGUCCUUAUUGCGAGCGCCGCCGCCUGGCUGCUCUACCAUUUCGUUGUCCACCCGCUCUUCCUCUCACCGUUGUCCAAGAUUCCUGUCCCGCACUGGUCAUGUCACAUCUCUCCUCUUUGGGUCCUCUACAUGAGGAAGACGAAUUGCCAAAACCGGACCCUCCAUCAAGCGCACCGCAGACUCGGCCCGGUUCUCAGAAUAGCCCCCAAUGAGCUGAGCCUUGACGGUUACGAUGCUGUUAAGACGGUGUACCAGGGGGGGUUCGAAAAGGAUGAGUGGUACUCCAUCUUUGAUAAUUAUGGCGUUCCUUGUAUGUUCUCAACCCUCCCCUCCAAACCUCACUCCCUCCGCAAACGCAUGGUCUCAAACGUCUACGCCAAAUCUUUCAUCCAUGCCUCCGAGGCGGCCAAUGCCCAAUCUCGUGUCAUUCUCUUUGGCCGUCUCCUGCCCCUUCUCUCGGCCUCGGCGUCUGCCGAAACCCUGAGCUCCGACGGCAUCGACGUCUUCUCCACCUUCCUCGCCACCACGAUGGACUUCAUCACGGCCUACAUUUUCGGCCUCCGCAACGCCACGGAUUUCAUCCGCGACAGAGCCUACAGGGACCACUGGCUCCAGCUCUACCUAGCCCGGGCGAGCCACGCAUUCUGGCCCCAGGAGCUGCCGCGGUUGACGGCGCUCUGCGCCAAGGUGUCCCGGGGCAGGUGGAAGCCGUACCCGCCAUGGGUUGACGGUGCCAACGCCGAGAUCGCCGCGUGGAAUAAGAAGCUGUGCGAGGCGGCCGGUGUUGCUGAAGGACAGAAAGGACAAGACCCCGCGGACGAACCCGUCGUGCUGCGUGCCCUGGAAGCCGGCAUCGAGAAAGAACGCCUCGCAAACGGCGAGGCGUCUCUCCUCUACCACACCACAAUACUCCAAAAGGACCUCUCCGUGGCUUCCGAAGUGAUGGAUCAAGUCCUUGCUGGCCAGGAAACCGCCGGCAUUGCCUUGACAUACCUCGCCUGGCACCUCUCCCAAUCGCCCGCCCUCCAACUCUCCCUCCGUCGUGAACUGCUGACCCUCUCCCCGUCCCUCGUGAUGCCUCCGGACGCCUCCCUCCCCGCACACCUCCCGGACCCAAAACAGGUCGACGCCCUACCCCUUCUCCACGCCGUCCUUAUGGAGACUCUCCGCCUUCAUGCCCCGAUUCCCGGUCCGGAGCCACGGCGAACUCCACACCUCCCGCCCUGCCGCCUCGGCGGGUUUCACGUCCCGGGCGGCGUCCGUGUCGCGGCGCUGGGCUACACGCUCCACCGCAACGCCCAAAUCUUUCCGGACCCAGAGACCUGGGACCACACGCGCUGGAUGGUGGACUCGGAUAUCGACGAAGAGCGGUGCAGGGAGAUGGCGCGAUACUUUUGGGCGUUUGGCAGCGGCGGCAGAAUGUGUGUCGGCUCCAACUUUGCCAUGAACGGUAAGCUCCAACAGAAGAAGAGGAAAAACAAAGAAAGAAAAUGGGAAAGAUUCCUACGAAUUAAAAGCGCCGAGAGGUGGCUUGCUGAUGAUCUGUUGAAGCAGAGAUGAAACUCGUCGCCGCGGCGAUUUGGACAAACUUCACAACCCACAUCGUGGACGACACGGAUAUUGACCAGGACGACACUUACACAGCGAGACCAAUAGCCGAGCGCC